CCCCCUUUGGCUUCCCCCAGCCAGCCCACAAACCCGGCUGGGUACGGCUGCGGGGAGAGCGUCCCGGGGGCACACGGGUGCCACGGGGUAACCCCCAGGCCCUCCCCACCUGCCUCUUUUGGGGGCUGCCCUGCCCCAGGGAGCCCGGCUGCGCUCCAGGGCUGGGACGGGGAUCCAGACGGGUUUGCCGUGCCCAGACCUGCUGUGGGGAAUUGGCGGCCAAACAUCAGUCCCAGCGAUCAGGUGCUCCGGAGCCCCACGAAAGCCCACGGUGAGCCCCGGCUGCACCAGCACCGGUCUUCAGAGGGGAGCUGGGAAAACGGGAAUGAAGGCCAGAGGAGCGGCCAGGGCCAAGAGCACAAACCAGCGGGGCAGAGGUCCUCCUCCUUCUCGCACACGCGAGGCCCCCUGGCCUCCUCUGCCGGGUUUGAGGAGGGGGUGCAAGUGGGUCUCCCUCAGCAGCGGUCAUCAUCCUUCUCAGCCCCAUCCACGCCACCCGCCCCGGGCUUUUCAGGCCUCUCCGACCCGCGUGGCCCGAGUGCCGGAGUGGAUAUCCCAGCCACAGACAAAACUAGGGAUGGGGGCCAGCGGUGGUACCACGACAGUCCUCCAUCCUUUUCUCCUGGCUCAGCCCCAGUGCCUGUGCCCCCAAGCGUGGACUAUCAGCAAGCCAGCGCUUAUCCCAGUGCCGCCGGCCACUUUGUCGCCCACGGGCAAAAUCACAGGCCCAACAGCAGUGGUGCAAACCCUCAGCAGAGCACCUCCAACGCGGCUUCACGCGGGCCAGUGACUUUGGAUGCUCCCAAGACACCUUUCAGAGAGGGCCUAAGCACUCUGCAGUCUGACUCUGGACACCAGGAAAACUCCGGGGCGACGAAAGUAAAACUACCCUGCCAGACCCUCCUUUCACCACAGGAGCAAGGGCCGUCUGCCGCUGAAUUAAAAUUAGAAGCACUCACCCAGCGUCUGGAGCAGGAGAUGGAUGCUCGUCCAAAGGCCGAUUACUUUGGAACCUGUGUGAAGUGCAACAAAGGUGUGUAUGGAGCCAACCAGGCUUGUCAGGCCAUGGGAAAUCUCUACCACGAUGGCUGUUUCACCUGUGGAGCCUGCAGUCGGAAGCUGAGAGGAAAAGCCUUUUAUUUUGUCAAUGGAAAGGUGUUCUGUGAAGAAGAUUUCCUGUAUUCUGGUUUCCAGCAGUCAGCUGACAGGUGUUUCAUUUGUGGUCACUUGAUAAUGGACAUGAUCCUGCAGGCUCUAGGGAAGUCAUAUCAUCCAGGCUGCUUCCGAUGUGUGGUCUGCAAUGAGUGUCUGGAUGGCGUGCCAUUCACUGUAGAUGCUGAAAACAAAAUCUACUGUGUCAGGGAUUAUCACAAAGUUUUAGCUCCAAAAUGUGCAGCCUGUGGACUUCCCAUUCUGCCCUCUGAGGGGUCUGAUGAGACCAUUCGGGUUGUGUCUAUGGACAAGGAUUACCACGUGGAAUGCUACCACUGCGAGGACUGUGGGAUGGAACUCAAUGACGAAGAUGGACAUCGCUGUUACCCGCUAGAUGAACACUUGCUUUGUCACUCCUGUCAUCUGAAACACAUAGAGAACGGCACAACCCCAGCACCUGUGUACCAGCAUCACUACUAGCCAGUGUGGCCUGUUCCUGAAAGCCUUGACGGAAGACUUGUUACAUGAUCUCCCUCUCCCAUCCUCAGCUGAUUUCCUGUGCAUGUUUUUCUCCAAUCACCAAUUUUCCCGUAACAGGAUAGAAGAGAUUUUUUGCUGGAUUCUCAGAGUUUAUAUGCUUCUGAGUUCCAGCUGUGUCUGUCUACAUGACCGAGAAUGUGGCAUGUUACCCAAACUGAUCAGUUUGUUUUUACGUGCCUUUCUUUGCUCUCCGGAGGUUCCUUUCUGCUCAUUUUGGAAGAUUCUUCGGUAAAAGCACAACUUGCUGUCAUGUCUAUGAACUCAGAUCGUAAAGCCAGAGGCUGGCCUGCCUGCCUACUGGGAACGUUCCUUCAGUCUCUUAAGUGUUUUCCGACAAGCACGUUGCAUCAAAUUCCCCCAAGGAUAUCAACUUAUUAAUACCAAUUGUUAGGCAAUCUCUCUCUCCUUUUAAUUCUUUAGGAAGAGAAAAGAAAGAGCUCUGUUCAAAAUAGCAUGCUCAGACCUUCUGGUUAAUUCCCAGAACUCCGAUACCAGUCUGGCUUUAAAAGGCACCAACUCUCCAAGCACAAACCAGCCAUGCUGACUGGCAGCCGGCAGCUGACAUCCCAUUUCAAACAGAACAAAAAACUGGAACAAGCUAGGCUAAGCUACUGUGGUGACUUUGGGCCUGGGCUUGUGCGUCAGCAUGAUAUGCGAGGGCCAGUCUGCUGUAUUGGGGUCUGAAUAGCAGAUUAUAUUUGGAAGGACCUGGAUGCUGGAAGUGUGAACAGUGGGGAAAUCUCUCUCUGUUGUUGUUUGCAGAAAUCACUUUGGAAAAAAGCUCUCUGCACACAGACGUUUGUCUGAGCUUUCCCCGCAACUCAGUCCCCAGCCUGGCCACUCCUUUCCAGAGUGUUUACGCAGCACAAAGCCGUUUCGUAACGGUGCUUAUUUAGAGUGCUGGGAACAAACUCAGGAUCGUGAUGAAGGCUUUGUUAUACAGGGAUUUAGAGCCCAGCUCCGCAACCUGUACUCAAAUGAGUCCAGUCAUUGGUAUAAACAGAUGCUCACGUGAACAAUAACAGCUUAUCUGAGCAAAGGGUGAGGGAGUUUGGCCCUUAUUUUCUAUUCUGUUGAGGAAAGCAGAAAGGCAAAUUGUUUCCCAUUUCGAACCCCCUUGCUUUGUAGUCAAAGGACUCUGCUCCCCCAGUAUGUGUUACAUAUAUGAUAGACGUACCUGCAGUCUUUGUUCCUGUACCAGUGCUAUGCAGACCCUCGUAUACAGGUACCAAGUUUUUGUUUAAGAAAAAGCUCUUAAUUUAAAGUCUCAGAUGCAGUUUGAGGUCUUGCCUGCCCUUUUCAGCACAUAUUAUGUGGGAAACUAGUUAAAUACUCUUACAUCCACGCUAAAAAGUUCAGUUCAGUUCUGAUGGAUAGUGGAGUGGGAUAACAUUCUUGAAGAUCUUUUUAGUGAGGAAACUAUGGUAAAUUAGUUGAGCAGUGGUGUUUACACACCAAAAAUAAGCCUAAGCCGAGUACCCACCAUGAUUCAACCUAGCGUCUUUCCUCGUAGUAUGAACAUAGUUGGGGAGAUGAUUGAACUUCAUACCGUGUAGUCAAAUCCCACCUCAUGUACUCACAUGGAGGAGUACCUUUAAUUCUCAAAGCAGUCCUUCAGGGCUGAAUGGCAGACUUGCAAUGUUAAUUACUGUGAAGUGGUAAAGUCUGGCCUGCACUUGAACACCAGUAUGAGUAGUACUUCUCUGUACUCCCUCUCUCUCUUUUUUUUUUAACUGGGCGCUGCCAUAGCAGGACAGAAAGGGCCGUGUCUUGCAAAGCAUGCCCUGUGAGUUGCUUCGCCCUCUCUCAGCUGGAAGGAGGUCCAGACUCGGCCUUGGGUUUUUUUUUUUUUUUAUAUCUGUCAUGAUAAGGCAUUUUGACCCAAUGAGCAGUAGUUCACCUUUUCCUUGCCAAACCAACAGCGUUUCCAGCCACCUCCGCAAACCUUUUGCCCUCUCCUUCCUGCAAGUACGAGGUGCAGGAAGCAGCCUCUCUCUUGUGGUGCUAAUAAAUGCCACAGCUCUCUGUUUUAUGUGGGGCCAGUUGCUAUGCUAAGGCUUAAGUAGAGGCACAAGCAUCUGCUUUAAGAUGGAUGGGGGAUAGCGGCCUGUUAGCAGCCUUCUGCAUGUGUGUGUCAGCUUGUUGCGACUGAAAUGCGAACACCGUGCUUUGGCCUAAAAUUGCUCAGGACUCCCAGGUUCAGUGGUUUUAGCGUACAGUUUGGUCAGGUCAACACAUGAUCUAGUCUGCUGCCCCCUCCAUCCAUGAGCACUUCUGCCCCUGUUUCUGCUGCUUUUCAGGAUGGCGAAACCAGCACGAGGCUUGACAGUGUUGCUGCAGGGCAAACAGGCAAGAUUGUUAACCUAGGUGUAGCUUGGCUCUGAAACACUGCUUCUGCACGUGACUUGCAACCCCACGAAACACUACCGAGGAUCAGGAGUUAGCAAUCACAUGGAGGGGAAUAUCCCUCUGCAGUAUAUGUGGCUCUGAGGCAUAUAUAGCUAUGGAGGGUUUUACUCAUGACUUUAGAGGAGGUGAAAUUGACCCCAAAUGUGUCAGCUCCCUAUAGCCUUUAAUUGGACCUCCGUUUGAUGAAUAACAAAAGGGUGGGAGCUGACACAGCAUAUAAGGGGUGCUACAUCUAGACAGCAUGAAUCAGGUGCAAUAAAAUACAGAGGGCCAGUAUUGCAAGGUGCUGAGUGCACUCAUCUCAGCAUGCGAUGCAGGUGAGGACCUAGCACUUGUCUCCUGCAUCUGCAGCUAGGCCCAGGAGGGGUUUAAGCCCUGACUGAUCUUAGGACUAUCUCAAGUUGCCGAGGUGGGAAAUAAUGCCAGCUGAAUGAUCCCUAGUAAAUAAUUCAGCUAAUCCUUGGCAAAUCGUUCCUCACUGAGCUUUCUUUGGCAGUGAAGACAGCGCAUGAGUAUGAUAAGAAAGUGGCUUCUGGAAGUGAACUUGAAACACCAGCCUUGGUGGGUUGCUCCGUCCUUGAGAGCUUGGCUACUACGUCACUAAAGCUUUUGUUAGCUGUUUGAGAGCGGUCUCUAUGCACGUGUUUUCUGGCCUUCAUUUUGGGAAUACUGGAAAACACUAACAGGACUGAUACUCUUUUGAACAAGAUGAUCUCCGUUGUUUUAGGGCAACGUCUAAUGUAGGAGCAGCAACAGGGCAGGAGGAGAAAUGCUCUCGCAAGAAAUCUGCUCGUGACAGUUUACAAACGCCCAUGGAAAACUUUCCAAUGACAUCCAAGUACAGUACAGCUUAAUCUCUAGAUACCAGCUUUUAACAUGGGAGGUUUAAGCUAUUGUUUCACUCUUACAGAAUCCCCCCACCCAAAUAAGCAGGAAAGAAAGGGGAGGGGAAGGCUGAAAAUUGUCCUUUGUGGAAAGCCUCAACUAGCCGGUUUGCUCUGAGCUGUCUUGCAGGAGACUCCUUUGAAUCAAUGGAAAGUUUGGCCUCUUGUUUUCACAUGGUGACUUAUUACACCUAUCAGCCAUCCUGUAUUCCUCAGCACUGAGGAAACGAAGGUCUGUCCUACUUUCAGUUCUGAGGUCCUGGAUAAAUUAUUAAGGCAGUGUGAAUGCUCACCUUCGGUUUAUUUACUAAGAGCUAGAAAUGACAGUGUGGAGCUCUUGAAAAUGGAGUGUCUGAGUCCGUGGUUUUGAAGCUAAAGCAUAUACUGCUUUGCUCACCUAUGUGUUACGUUGCUUAUGUGUUUGAACUUGCCCUGCUUUUAUCUUUGAGAGUUUGAAUUAAUUUAAGCUCGUUAUUCCUGUCCUCCGCAGACAGGUGGCUCCUCAUCCGCUUUAAUAUCUGAGGUCUGUUUUCUAGCCCUAUCUGACUUACUCCCUGACAAACGUGGAGGUGACUAUGAAGGGGAACGUGCAAGGCUGCGAGUGCGCCCGCUCCCGCUUCUCAGCACUGUGAAGUGUCAAGCCAGAGCCAGCCCCUCUUGUGUUCAACUUCAGAGUCUUCGCUGGGCCUUCUGCUGUGGUCAUUUUGGCCAGAGAGGAAGAUCAAGGCCUAACUGGGCAAUUCAGAAUUCUGCUUCUACAGAAGAACUUCAGAAAACGCGUGUCAAAUUCUGCCCAUCGCCUGGCCUAUACGUAUUGCUUUCUGCUGUUCACACGAACCUUGUUGUCUUUUAUUUAUUGAGAUAUGAAAAACCGUCAGCUGCUCUGAAAAGUUCAUCUAGUCCUUAAUUCCUAAACCAGCUUGCUCUUUUGAGUUAUUUUAGGGUAAGGGAUGCUUGGAAGUCCCACUGUGGUGGUAAUUAGUAACUCAGGUGGAAAUAGUUACUGAAAUGAGUUCCCUAAAGCUUGCUUUCAGGAACCAGAGUGUAACAAGAUAUUUGGCUCAGGUUAAAUUUCUAUUGUUUAGAAUAUGGAAGCUCAUUUAAAUAGGGAUUUUUGCUUAAAAGCCAGAAGAAAAACUCCAGCUGUAGAAGAAGCAGAUAUUUUUAUGUAUUUUCAAGUAUAUGAAGUGGUUGGGGUCAAAACUUUUCACGAAACUGCUUUGAUGUUAAACAAAGAGAGUAGCUUUUUAAAACACCCAAGGGAAGAGUGUUUGAUGAGCCACAAGUCUUAGGGGUCUUCAGUUUCUAAGUCAUUUGGGGCCUUUUAAAACGCUUUCCCAGUCUUUCAGAGUUCUGUCAGUAUUUUUUUACAAAGUGAAUAGCUCCUGGGUCUGGAAACUCUUGAGUUACAUCAGCAGUCAGGUUUGUUACGGCAGACUUGAAAGGGGGAAGCUAAACUGGUAAGAGCUGGUGUGCUUCAGGUUAGCUGCUUAAAAGAAAGAGGUCUCUUUGGCUGCCAAGAGAGUAAAUAUUUUCUUGUCCUUUUUUCUUGUGCUGAUUUUUAGCACCGGGCAAAUAUUUUGCAAUCAGUAUUGGCAUCGGUUUCGGUAUUUGCUGUCUUUUCGGUCUGUUUCUAAGAGCUGGUGAGACCACCACUUCUCCCUCCCAUGAGUUCACAGCCCUGGGGGAGAACUGGAGGCUCUUUCUUGUUAAUUUAACGAAUUUAGUCCCUGUUUUGCACUUCUGCAUUUCCCUGGAAAUUUUGUCACUCGAUUAGGGCAGCAACAGCAGAACUGGGUCCUUGCUUAAAAAAAAAAAAAUUACACAUACAUCUUUACUUGAACCUGUUGACCCGAUCCUCCAAAUAACCUGAAUAUCAGCCUGCUGUUGAUCGAUUCUGCACUCUGAGAUUGCUCCUGUUGCUAAGAAAAUCACGUGAAGGACUCUGCAUUUCACUUCAAGUGCAUAAACAGUCCCAUUGAAGCCAAUAAAGCUGUGCACACAGAUGAAAGUAAAUAUGUGCAUAAGUCAGUGCUGGAUCAAGGUCAGAGUUGGUUUUAUUACAGGCAAGAUACACCUGGAAAUAAAUCUGCUGCAGUGUAAUAGUUGCCAUGAAAUCAUCACUAAAAUGUACUGAUGACUUUUUGCUCAAUAAUUUACGUGGUAAAACAGUAGGGGCACAUAGGGAAAGUGAUAUGAUUUUAAAAAUACAGUGGUUUUAGGGAAAGGAGAGCAGGUGACUGUAGAUGUGUGACCCGUGCUGCAUCCGGCCAAGCUGCUUUCUCUGCCACUGAGACACCACUGUGCUGACAUGAAGUAGUUUUAGAUGCCUUUUGUGAAUGAACAUGAGAAAAAGUUGCCUCUAGCUGACAGUGGUCCGUCUGGCUUCGUGGCUGUGAAACCUCUGUGAAACCUCCAUGGGCUGGGAAGAGAUAUGGCCAAAUACAUGUCCUCUCCCCUUUUUCUUCCAAGACCGAGGCGCUGAGAGAAGACCAGAGGGAUUUUCCUUCUCUCAUCACAGAGCAACUUGUACAUUUAUUUUUCUUUUCUGUUUCUCCAUCCUGCUGCUCGUUGUUUCUAGCUAUACAGUGGUAUUACGUGUACUUAAUGAAGCCAAUAGGGUAGACUUCUUCCUGUGGUGAGCGGUGAGACCCCUCCCAGAGCCGCUCACUGGCCUGUGUUCAAGGAGAAGCAAAUUAAGCAUUCCUUAGCAAUAAAACCCCUCGUCCUGCUCUCUCGCAGGGCAGCCAGAAGUUCGCGUUGGCCUGCUAAGGCAAGACGAGAGUCGGGAAGAACUUAGACCCACGUGAAUAUGUGUAAGGUAGAGUCGCAUGAAGGCAGACGAUACGACGCGCCGCAGCUCUGGUGUUGCUCUCAGCCCCAGCGCCCUGGUGAAUGGAUAACCAGGCUGCGGUGUGCAGACGGUGCCGACGCUGACCCUUGUUCCCAGCCCAG